CUGCCAAGACAACAGUGGCACAUGCACAUCCACGGUGCCAGUAUGCUCAAGGACACAGCGGGAUUGUGACAGCUAUAUGGGUGGUGGAUGUCUCUCCCUCCUCCUUAGCUUGGCCAGGACAAUCUUAUCACGUUGAGAAAAGUCGAGGGUUUUAAAUACACAUCACGUUGUCCUUGGUCUUAAACAGUUGAUUAAUAAAGUUCAGGAUGGAUUAUUCGAAGUUCAUAUCAAAGAUGUCUUCAAAUCGAAAGCCAUCUGGAAUCAGCGAAAUGCGGAAGUACCUGGCCGAGCCCUCUCCCUCGCUGGUGUGGCUGGCUUCGGGAAUGCCCAACCCCCAGCUGUUCCCCUUUCGCGAGGCCACCGUCAGGCUCAGCGACGGCUCUGUCCUCGAACUCGGCGGGGACCUCAUGGCGACCGGGCUGCAGUACGGACCGACGCCGGGGUACAUCCCCCUGGUCCAGCAGCUGAAGGACAUGACCCUCCGGAACCACAGUCCUCCGCGCUGGGGUGAGAGCGACCUCCUGGUGACCGUCGGCUGUCAGGACGGGCUGGCGAAGGCGCUGGAGAUGCUCUUGGACCCCGAGGACUGCGUGGUGGUGCAGGAGCCUUGCUAUUCGGAUGUUCUGUGCAUUCUCGCCCCACUGACGCCGAAGUUCGUGGUCGUGUCCGCUGACGAGAGGGGAAUGUGUCCGUUGUCGCUGAGGAAAGGACUCGAAAGGGCAGCGCAGGAUGGAGGACCUGUGCCCAAGGUCAUGUAUUUGGUGCCUAACGCAUGCAACCCCACGGGGACCACCAUGGACGAGGCGCGGCGGAGGGAGAUCUAUAGCAUCGCCUCCGAGUACGACCUCAUUAUCCUCGAGGACGACCCUUACUACUUCUUGCAGUAUGACGACCAGGAACCACUGCCCCCGAGUUUCCUGCGGCUGGACACGGACGGGAGAGUCCUGAGGUUCGACUCCUUCUCCAAGAUCUUCAGCGCCGGCCUCAGGGUGGGCUACGUGACGGGGCCGACGCCGCUGCUCGAGAGGAUGACGUGGCAUAUGCAGGCGAGUGUCCUGUGCCCGCCCGGGAUCACGCAGGUAAUGGUGAGCGAACUGCUCCGGAAGUGGGGCGACGAAGGGUUCAACAAGCACAUAGCCAAGUUGAGGGAAUUCUACCGAGCUCAGAGAG